AUGAAACAUUUGACUUUCGUGACAGGGAACCCUAACAAGGUCCUUGAAGUUCAUGCAAUCCUAGGCGACGCGAUACCUGUUCACCCCCGGGCGCUGGACAUCCCUGAGAUCCAGGGGACAUUGGAAGAAAUCGCGAGGGAUAAGUGCCGACGCGCCGCCCGAAUUAUCGAUGGACCGGUGCUGGUCGAAGAUUCGGCGUUGGAGUUCCGGGCUAUGAACGGAUUGCCAGGCCCUUAUCAUUAUUCACGUGCUGACACCUUCCGCCAAGUAAAUGCUUUCUUGAAUCAUUGGGGAAUGAUGGAUUGA